AUGGAUUUGGAUGAUAAUUCAACAGUUCCAAAGGUCAUACAAGAUGAGUUUUCCAUUGUAACUCCUCGAGAAGACUUAAAUUCUAUUGCCACAUUAAAUAGUGAUCAACACUUAGCAUUCAAUUCAAUCAUGCAGGCUGUGAAAUGCAAUACUGGUGUAAUCUUCUUUGUGGAUGGCCCAGGAGGAACUGGAAAGACAUAUUUAUAUCGUGCACUAUUGGCCUCAAUGAGAAGUCAAGGGAGAAUUGCCAUUGCAACAGCAACUUCUGGAAUUGCAGCUACACUUUUACUUGGUGGAAGGACAGCCCAUUCAAGAUUUAAGAUCUCAUUAAAUCUAGAGGCUUCGUCCGUGUGUUCCAUUACUAAACAAUCAGAUAUGGCAAAACUGAUUAGAUGUGCAACAGUCAUCAUUUGGGAUGAAGCUACAAUGACAAAUCGUUAUGCUUUUGAAGCCUUGAAUCGAACACUCAUAGACAUCACUGGUGUUGAUUAUCCAUUUGGUGGCAAAAUUAUGGUGUUUGGUGGUGAUUUUCGACAAGUACUUCCAGUUGUUCCUAAAGGUACAAAAGCGGAAACUAUUGCUGCAUCGAUAGUCAAAUCACCUCUUUGGAGUCACAUUCAAAUACUUCGUUUAAAGCAAAACAUGCGCUCUAUAAAUGACCAACAGUUUGGUGAAUUUCUUUUUUUUGUUGGAAAUGGUGUACAACCUACCAUUAUAGAUGAAAUGAUCAAAGUACCAACAUCGAUGGCAAUACCAUGGAAUGGCGAAGAAUCAAUAGUUCAACUAUUAGAAGAAAUUUAUCCUGAUAUCAUAAACCAUUCCUUUGAUGCCGAGUAUAUGGUUAGUAGGGGCAUAAUAACUCCUCGCAAUGAAGAUGUCGACAAGCUCAAUGAGAAAAUCAUUCAGAGAUUUCCAGGAGAAUCAAGAGUGUACCACUCAUUUGAUAAAGUUGAAAAUGAUACCCAAAAUUUGUAUCAACAAGAGUUUUUAAAUUCCAUUUCACCAGGAGGAAUGCCCCCACAUGCAUUGCAUUUGAAAGUUGGAGCCCCAAUUAUGCUUUUGAGGAAUCUUGACCCUUCUUCUGGUUUAUGCAAUGGCACAAGGCUACUGUGUCGAGCUUUGAACGAUAAUUUCAUAGAUUCAGAGAUUUUAACAGGACAUUUCAAAGGCACGAGAGUUUUCCUACAUCGCAUUCCAUUAAAGGCUCCGGAAAACUUGAAACUUCCAUUUGAAAUGACUCGCACACAAUUUCCAGUUCGCCUUAGUUUUACUUUGACGAUAAAUAAAUCACAAGGUCAAACAAUUCCACAUGUGGGAAUUUACUUUCCGGAUCAUGUAUUUAGUCAUGGGCAACUAUAUGUUGCUUUAUCUCGAGAGGUGUCAGAUCAAACAACGAAAGUCUUGGUUAAAAAGGGCAUACUUGAAAAAAUAAAGCUACUUCAGCUUUGGGAGAAUUAUCAAGAGGAAUCAAAUAUGGUUGCAGAUAAGAAAGUUAAAAAUCAGGUCAAACAGUUCUCCAUAUACAGUCUUGGAUGGAAGGUCUCUAUUAAAGUUGAUAAAAAACAAUUGGGAAAAUUAAUUGUGCGAGAGCUUUUGAGGCAACGACAACAUCGAAAUCCUAUCAUAUCUGAUAGAGCAAGUAUAUGCAGCAAAGACAAUAUGGACAUAUAUGUGGUAAAAAAUCAAGUUUUAUGA